AUGUAUCGACAAACCUCCUGCCAAUACCAAACAUUACUCUUAUCCACUGUCGUUAUCUUCCUUCUCAUCAUAGUAGCAAUUCAGCAUGAAGAAAUUUCCAAUAAACAAAAACUACCAAUCUCUACAAAGUCCUCCAACUCCAGCGUAGUCAUCUCAGCGCCCCUUGCGACACAUUCAUCAGAAGCUCCAGAAUUCCCCAAAAAGCUAUGGUAUAAAGUAGGACCUCAAGGUGUUUCGGACGAGGCUAAACGAUUCCGAUAUCACUGUCUGGAUAUCAAUCCCGGCUAUGAAUAUGAAGUGCUCACUGAUGCGUUCGCGGAUGAGUACGUAUGGAAAUGGUUUUCCCACCGGCCAGAUAUACUACAUACCUACUUUUCGCUCAGCAUACCGAUCUUGAAAGCCGAUUUACUGCGUUAUUUAAUACUAUAUGCUUAUGGGGGAGUAUGGUUUGAUUUAGAUGUUUCGUGUGAGGAUAUUCCCAUGGAUGAUUGGGUCUUGGAGGAACAUCGAGCCGCAAAGCUUGUCGUUGGUUUGGAGUUCGAUUAUGACUAUCAGGAAGAUACUGCCAUGUAUUCGCAAUUUGCGAGUUGGACUAUCAUGGCAAAGCCUAGAUCUCCACAUCUAAUGCAGGUCAUCAAUGAUAUUUUGGACGAAUUGAAUGAAAUCGCACGUCGAAACGAGGUAUCAAUUGAAGGAAUAGAGCUGAGCAUGAUUAGUGAUGUGGUGGAUAUAACGGGACCAAAAAGAAUGACGUGGGGAAUUAUCAAAAGUCUCAAAGAAAUCUUGGGAAGGGAUCUUGAUGAUAGGGAUGUUGGAGAAUUGAGAAGGACGUGGAAGAAUAAAUUCGGCGGCGAGGCAGAGAAAGGUUCUGAGAAAGAGAAAGAGAUUGAAGAAGAGAGAAGGAUAGAGCAAGAAAAGGAAGAGAAACGGAUUGAAGAAGAGAGGAUCGAGCAGGAGAGGGUUGAGCAGGACAGGAUUGAACAAGAACAGAAAGACGUGGAACAAGGGCAGGAGAAUCACAAUGAGCAAGAUAAAGAUGUUGAAAAAGAAAAAGCAGAGAAGGAGACCAAACAGCAAGAAGUGUCUAAUCAAGAAGAUGAAAUCGAGGAAAAGAAUGAUACUGAAGAUAACGAAGCCAAAAAGAAGGAAGAGUCCGAGCAAGAAAAGGAGAAUUUGUGA